GACUGAAUAGACAUCGAUACGGGAUUAAAAUCAGAUACAAGUCAGUAAAUCAUCGUGUAUAUAAAGUAAAACAUCUCCGUUCUCAAUUUUAAACACUUUGUGCUAUACGAUGGGUACUAGUUGGACGUCACAAAAACCUGUUCCGGACGUCGAUCUUACUCAGAAGACCGUAAUUGUAACUGGAGCAAACACAGGAAUCGGAUAUGAGACGGCAAAAACAAUAGCCCAGCUGGGGGCAAAGGUCAUUGUGGCUUGUCGUUCCGAAGCCAAGGCAAAUGAAGCAAUGGAGAGAAUGAAAAUGGAACACAGCGAGGAGAAAGCUGAUGACAAGAAGUCAAAGGUCGAAAUCAAGGCCAAUGACCUUGAUGUCGAGUUCAUGACCCUUGACCUUUCGUCAAUCGCCAGCACGAUGAGCUUCGUAGAGGAGUUCAAAGCCAAAAGGCUCCCGCUUCACAUCCUAGUGUGCAACGCCGGCAUGGCAUACGGAGGGGAAGUCAAAACAGCUGACGGUUUUGAGCUCCACUUCCAGGUCAAUUACCUGUCGCACUUCCUUCUAACUCUCCAUUUACUUCCGGUGUUAAAAGCUUCCAGGGGCAAUGCCAAGAUCAUAUUGGUUUCGUCUAUGGCUUAUCGCGGUGCUGGUUGGCACGAAGACAAUAUGCAAUCGAUCAACAAAGGCCAACUGUCCAAAUAUGGAAGCACCAAGCUCUAUCAGAUUAUGGAGAUGUUUACAUUAGCAGAGAAGCUGGAUGGAUUUGGAAUCGGCGUGUUUUCACUGCACCCUGGUUUUGUCGAUACAGAUAUCGUUAAGAGGGAGAACCAACAGGUAUCUGGUUCCAUGAAGUUUUUUGUGGGCAUGCUAAGCUCAAUGGGGCUGGCACGAAACUCAUUUGACGGAGCCUUGACGACUAUCCACGCGGCUGUGAACCCGCAGUACGAUGGUAAGACUGCGCUCUAUCUCGAAAAUUCACAACCAACCAGUCUCCAUAACCCAUUAGCCACAGACAGAGACAAGCAAGAAUUCCUGUGGAAGUAUUCGCUCGAUUGCUUGAAGGAUUACAUCACUGAAGAUACGCUUAAAGAACUGACGUCACACUGA